GCGUGUGUUUUAUUUCGUUGUAUGCACCGCAGGGAGAUGAUGCCGCAGGCGAUGACACCUCUCACACUAGACGCGUUGGUCACUAACCUUGCCGGGUUGGGACAGGCAAUGCGGAAGUCGUUUAUUGGAUUCGCUCAGGAUUCUUACGGUGAUGUGUUUGUUACAACAUUCUGCAAACACUUUUUCGGUAACAUGUACUCCGGAUUGUACAUGGCAAAUGAGUAUACCAUAGGGAUAGACACAAAAUCUGCUAAGGACGAAGCUGACGUUAUGCUGUUUGGAAGCCCGAUAGGGGGCGAACACCUGACGGCGAUCCACACACGCUACAAGAACUCUUAUGUUCCGUGGUAUAGAAAGAUCAUGGCAAUUCUCCAGCUGCAUGUCAAUACUCUCCGAACCAAUCAGUAUCUGCGUCGAAGCAACGUCAUCAUCAGCAGCAUCAACACGGAUUUCAGUAGCACUGACCCGGUCAAAAUACACAAGGAACUUGCAGUAACACUCUUGUUAAGUGGCGAGGCUUGGAACUGCCAUUCGCACGCCACAAAUGCAUCAAGCAUAACCAGUGUCAGCGACUGGAACAAGGCGGUUGAUUGGCUCAGAUCAGACGAGAGCGACAAAUUGAAGCAGGAUUUUGCCACGUUCAUGGAGAUUCACGGACACAGAUGCGUGCGUGAGUCUGAGCUCUCAGAAAAACCAUGGGCGGUUGAACCAGCAAAGGUCGUACGAACUAUACAGGAUAUGACGAAGUCUGCUGAUCAAUUGAGGGAAACAAAAAAACACAUAACAGAAGAGGAAGCGCUUGAUAAGAUUAAAUCACCGAUUGGUCUUAUCAAAAAAAAAAUUGUGAGAUUCCUUUUGCCUCUCUCACGAUCUGCCGUCGGGCAAAGAGAAAACGGUAAACGUUUAGCCAUCAAAGGCAUGGAUAUUUUGCGGCAGGGAUACAAUAGACUGGCUGAGUUGCUCGUUCACGAGGGCCGUCUACCGGACAAGGAGUUAAUCUUUUACUUCACACAUGACGAAAUCGGAGAGCUUAUAAAAACCCGAUCCGCCAGGCUCAUCAACAAAGCAAUUCGAAGAAGAAAAAUGAUGCCAGCCCUGAUGGCGAUGGAGUUUCCAGAGCUUAUUACGGGCUAUCCAACGCCGGUUUCAGAAGAUGAUGCAAUCAGCGUGCCUACGACAGGAGAGCUGAGAGGUAUGCCCGUGAGUCACGGCGUUGUAAGAGCCAGAUGUAGAGUUGUUAAAUCACUGGAGGAAGCCAACAGAAUUGAGCAAGGAGAAAUAUUAAUCGUGCCCUACACGGAUAUCGGUUGGUCACCUUACUUCCCCCUGGUGUCCGGUCUGUGUACUGAGAUGGGUGGCCUCCUGUCUCAUGGGGCCGUGGUUGCAAGAGAGUAUGGACUUCCGUGCAUUGUGUCUGCCAAGAAAGCGACGCACGUAUUCAGAACAGGCGAUGACGUGAUACUGAAUGGAACACUAGGUACUAUAGCGAAAGUUACGCCCGAGAGUCCAGAAGAAGAUGCCGUCGACAUUCCGCAAGAUAAAUAACUUCAAUUAGACGUUCCUUUCAACAAAUGGGUUUGCUAACUGCCGGUUCGAUUUUUCCAGUAAAUAUGUAGUGUGUCUUACCAUUCGCAGCAUUCAAAUGUAAUAGUUAAUUUAUGAAUUAAUUAUAAAUCUUUGAACUAAUUAAUCAAUAAUUUCGCAUAUUUAACGAUAACUUGCAAAAUCACAAGGUUGUCUAGGAAAACAAACACGAAAGCUAUCGUUAGAUAUCCGAAAAUUGUUUAGAACGUAUUAUACUGUUUACGGACCUUUCGGCUCCAGAAUUCAUAAUUAUUUGGAAAAGUGUGUAUAAGUGUAACUGUUAAGUAUAUCUAAUUAACAGCAUCCAUGAUACGAAUUGUAUCUUAUCUAUAUAUAAACAAAAUUCAUGUACGUUC